CCUUUAGUUAUUUGUUCACUACAUCUGAAGCCACAUUUCUAAUAAGUACCAACACCAAGAUUUUGAAAAAAGUUUUCAUCUUUGAUAUCAUAGUGUCAAUGGGUGAUGACCGGAGUCAAGAUCAGCCACCCAAACGAGUGGUGGUUUGCGGUGGAGGAAUAAUCGGAGUUUGUACGGCUUACUUUUUGGCCAAGAAAGGCGCGACGGUGACACUCAUUGAGCGGUCAUCCAUCGCGGGCGCUGCCUCAGGCAAGGCGCCCGCCUUCCUCGCACUUCAUAUGUGCGAUGGCGGGCUUCUCUCGUCAUUAGCCCGUGCCAGCUUUGAUCUUCAUAGUUCACUAGCCGAAGAACUUGAUGCAUCUCGUUCCUACAGUUUCCGUCCACUUACCACCCUCACCAUAUCCGUGGGAGAAUCGGAACUCCCAUCCAAAAGUCCGAUUCUCCCCCAUUGGGUGGACGGCCGGGUUAAACCCGGAGAAAUCAUUGGUACCGCGGAGACCACGGCCCAAACCCACCCGCAGUUGUUCACUAGGGCCUUGUUGGCCAAGGCGGUUACGGAGUAUGGGGUGGAGGUUGUGACGGCGAAAGUGGAGGGUGUGGAGGAGGGGGAAAAGGGUGUGGUUGUGAAGGUGGCGGGUGGUGGGGUUAUUGGUGGAGAUGCGGUGGUUUUGGCUCUUGGGCCGUGGACAAGUAAGUUGUUGGGCCCAUCAUCUAAAUUCAAGGUGCAUGGUAAGAAAGUGCAUAAUGUAGUAUUGGAGCCCAAAGAUGCUGAUGCAAUCACUCCUCACGCGAUAUUUGGAACUUACUAUCCGGCCCAAAACAUGGGCCCAUUAGAAACGAAUUUUUAUCCACGUCCAACAAGAGAGGUGUUUGUAUGUGGAGCAUUGGUAGAAGCCGAGAUCCCGGAAGGACCAGAAUUGGUUUCUCCUGAUCCGGAAUCAAUAGAAAAGCUUAAGAGAGUGGCGGGUAUUGUCUCGAGUUAUCUUGCAAAAGACAAUGUGAGUGUAAAAAGCGAGGAUGUGGGCUUAAUGCCUUGCAGUGGCGAUGAACUGCCGAUCAUGGGUGAAGUUCCAGGAAUGAAACAGUGUUAUGUGUCUAGCGGACAUGGCUAUUGGGGCAUUUUGUUUGGUCCGGCUAGCGGUGUUGCCAUGGCGGAGCUCGUGUUAGAUGGUCAUGCUAGCAUUGUUGAUCUUGAUUGCUUUAGCCCUGCUAGAUUUGUUAAAUAAGUUAUGAUUUUAUGGUACAUGUCGUCACAAGAAUUUAAUAAAGGUUUAAGCAUGAGUUAUGAUUCAGUUUAAAAUUAUUUCAUAUCAUUUGUAGAAUAAAUUAAUUCUUAAUCUUAAUUUCAAUAAUAAAUAAAAAAAUAGGCUG